UCCCUCUGUCAGCGGUGAGAAAGGAGUUUCGUCUAUUCCAGCCCACUAAACGCCUCUCCCCCUCUUCUCUCCGCUCCUUUCUCAUCCAUCCAUCGGAAAGCUCGUCUCCCCCCUCCGUCCGCUCAUUUAUUCCUUUCGGACAGUCACCAUUCUUUGACGAAGAACAGAAGCAGCAGGGCGGUGGCGUGAGACCUCAAUGCUAGGCAUUUGGACGGAAAUCCGAGCGUCAAACCUGGAGACACAGGACUAUCAGUGAGUACUAUGUCAGAAAGAGGUUCAGCCACGAAGAACACAGCAGAGGAAGACAGACGGGGCCAUUCGGAUCACGAUUCAAAGAUGUCGGACGAACACAGAGACACGGAUGAUUCCUCAGAGAAAACCCCAAGUAGGAUGUCCAGAUCCCCGCAGAAAUCCUCCAAAAGACCAAAGACAGUACCUGUGAAAGUCACACUGUUGGAUGGAUCUGCCUAUGAGACCGGGGUGGAGAAGCUCUGUAAAGGGCAGAUGUUACUGGAUCUGGUGUGUGACCAUCUCAACCUCUUGGAGAAGGACUACUUUGGCAUGACCUUCAAUGACACAGAGAGUCAAAAGAAUUGGCUCGAUCCUUCAAAAGAAAUCAAGAAACAAAUUCGUGUGGGUCCCUGGCAUUUCUCCUUUGCUGUCAAGUUUUAUCCUCCCAAUCCUUCUCAGCUGAUUGAAGACAUCACACGGUAUUACCUGUGUCUUCAGCUGAGGGAGGAUAUAUUAUCCGGUCGCUUACCCUGCUCAUUCGUCACUCACGCCCUGCUGGGCUCCUACGCCGUUCAGGCCGAGCUGGGAGACUACGACCCAGAUGAACACGGGCCGGAAUACAUCAGUGACUUCCGCUUCGCGCCUAGUCAGACACGCGAGCUGGAGGAAAGGGUGAUGGAGCUCCACCGCACCUACCGGGGCAUGAGUCCUGCAGAAGCUGAAAUUAACUUCCUGGAGAACGCCAAAAAGCUCUCUAUGUAUGGCGUUGACCUUCAUCAUGCUAAGGACUCUGAAGGCAUAGACAUCAUGCUGGGAGUGUGCGCCAGUGGCCUUUUAAUCUACAGGGAUCGUCUGCGUAUAAACCGUUUUGCCUGGCCCAAGAUCCUUAAAAUAUCCUACAAGAGAAGCAACUUCUACAUCAAGAUCCGCCCUGGAGAGGUAGAGAAAAAGUACGAGCAGUUUGAGAGCACUAUCGGCUUCAAGCUGCCCAACCAUCGUGCCUCUAAGCGCUUGUGGAAAGUCUGCAUCGAACACCACACCUUUUUCAGAUUGGUCUCUCCCGAGCCUCCCCCCAAAGGUUUUCUUGUGAUUGGCUCAAAGUUUCGUUACAGUGGGCGAACACAAGCCCAGACUCGUCAGGCUAGUGCUUUGAUUGACAGGCCAGCUCCUCAGUUUGAACGAUCGGUCAGCAGGAGGUACCUGCUGUCACGCAGUAUAGAUGGAGAAUCUGCUUUAGGGGACACUAUGGACCGACUAUCUCAACACACUUCCUGUGAGCCUGUGCCCAAUCUUCCAAGAGAUGAGUUUGACCAGGAUUACACAGAACCCAGUCUGGAUCAGGACCUGGAUCAUGAUCAACUGUAUGAAGCUGAAGAUCAGCGUCUGGAGUCCGAGUCCACUCCCUCCAGAACCGUGGAGCUCAAGAGGGAGGAUGCAGGUUCUCCUGUAGACUCUAGGACAGAGUCGGACCAGGAUUCGGCCCCACGUCCUAAACAGGAGCAGUUCCUGGAUAAACCAGAAGAUGUGCUGCAGAAACAUCAAGCCAGCAUCAAUGAGCUGAAACGAGCGCUGAGAGAGCCAAACAGCAAACUUGUCCACAGAGAGAAACGUCUCUCUGGAGCAUCGUCGGGCAGCACUCCAGAGAAAAAAUCUGCCUCAGAGGAGUCCCUAUUGAUUGAGAAGCAAGAUGGUUGUCAAAGAGACCUGACCCUCAGUAAAAAAGAGGAAAAGAGCAGGAGUCCUAGAGUAGCUUCAUUAGCCACUGGAAUCGACAGAAAGACAGAAGAGGACAGAAUGAGAGAGAAAAUCUCCACCUCACACAGUGACACAAAAGAAAAUCACAGUGUAGCAAAAAGGACCUCGGCAGAAACAAUCUUAUCACCAGAGAAGCCACUGAGAAAUAGAGCUAAAAGCCCUGCUUUAAGGUAUAACCAUUUCCAGGGCGUUGGUUCUUUGGAGGAGAAAGUGUAUGAUAAUGGGAACCCGCAGGACAGAUGUUUGCCACAGAAUGUGUUUCGUGCAAAUGGGUACGAUGAAUAUGCAGCAGAGAGACACUGGGUUAAGAAAAGAAACAUGGGUGUAACUGAUGGAGAAGAUGAGAAUCGGGAUUUGGCGAGCUAUGCAGAGAAAAGCUUUGGUGAGGCCUCUCCCAAUGCAGCUGUGGAUAAAUAUAUGAGAGAUCGAUAUAAUGAAAGCAGAUGGGAGAACCAAACCACAGAUUCAGAUGCAAACAACAUCAGAUCUACUACUAUACAAAAACAAACACCUAAUCCAGCUCCUAAAAACUCAACAAUCCAAAGAAACGAUUCCUCUGCAAGCGACACAUCGCAGUCCGAGGUAAAACGAAUAGUCCCGCUAAAGCCAGAGAGGUCAAAGAAGUUGAAAGGCAGUAAAGGAGCCAAGCUACAUGGAGAACCGAGUGAAAAAAUCAGUUCUGAAUCAUUUGAAGAAGGGAAGAAGUCUAAGGAAGAGCAAAUUGGUUGUAAGAAUACCUUGGACGGCUUCUUGAGGCCCAAAAAUUCUGCAGUUCCAGAGGGUAAUGGAAUGCUUGAUAAGCAAGAUUUGUCCAAUAAUUUUCACAAUAGGGAAGUCAGAGAACACACUCAACAGUAUCUUCAAGACAGGCACCAAUUACGGGAUUUCAAAAACAGUGCUGACCACAGGCUUAGUAUCGAACAAGAUCACUUUCUGUUUGAAGAUCCGUGUUCUAUGUUUGACUUUCCGAACAAUUCAACGUUUUUAGCCUUCGAUCAGAUUCCGUCUUUAUACCCACCUGUAAAAUCCCAGAGGGCAAGAGAUACACGUACCAAACCGAUUACCAAAAGUGAUUCCAGCAACAGUCUUCACAAGAGCUCCAACAUGGAAUCUUCCAAAAGGAAACCUGUGAGAGAGCCUUGGGAGAGACGCUUGGGAUCGGUGUCAGAAGAUGACCCAGACCUGGAUUCUCUGUACCUGAAGGAGACCCACCUAGGCAUUGAGCGCAAAUGCUCGAGCAUCACUGUCAGCUCCACAUCUAGCCUGGAGGCUGAGGUGGACUUCACCGUCCUCAUGGACUUUCAAACCGGUAUUGAGGAAUUUUCUAGAGGCAUGACCGAGCUAGGCGAAAAAGACAUCUCCAAUGAGUUUGGCUUCUCUGACCGGCCAACACAUCCAGCAUUUAUACUGGGAGCAGAUCCUAUCUAUUUUCAUGAAGAGAGACCUGUGGAAGUUCAGAGGCACGUAGAGAAACCAAAACCCGUUGUAGAGCAGAAACCACAGGAGGAGCGUAAACCAGAGCCCUUUGUACCCAAAAAGGCUCCGCGGUCAGUAAAAGUCGCCCAAGCUAUGAAGAAAGACUCUACGGAUCAAGCUUAUGCCCAGUCGAUGAGGCGUGAGAGCUCUGGAUCGCCUCCGAUUCAACCUCUGAGCAGAGAGAGCAGUGAGAUCAUCGCCUCUCAGGCUCUAAGGAAAACUGAGGUCAAGAUCGAGACGCAACCCAAUGGCUCUGAGGUCACAACCACCAUUAUGGAGAUUGCAGACCCGGACCAUGGUUUGAGCAGCAUGCGAGAGGCUACAUACUCAAUGGCAGAAAGGGUUUCUCCUGUGAACGUGGGAUCAUUCGGAAGAGAAGGUUCUCCUUUAAUGGUAACUGAGAAUGUUACAUCGGCCACUACAACUCAUGUUACUAAGACGGUGAAAGGAGGCUAUUCAGAGACGAGAAUUGAGAAAAGGAUUAUCAUUACUGGUGAUGAUGAUGUUGAUCAAGAUCAGGCGCUCGCCAUGGCAAUAAAAGAGGCCAGGCAACAGCAUCCCGACAUGUUGGUUACCAAGGCUGUGGUUGUCAGGGAAACAGAAUCUUCCACUCUAGACCCACAUGAGGAAUCAAAGUCCUGAUCUUCUCAGUUCUUCAUCAGGAAGUUGUGUCUCAAUGACUGCCACAAGCUUCAAGACCCAGGACACCAACUCUUCCACUUACACACCCAAACACCCAUACACACAAAAAAACACACACUGCCUCCCAGAUGUCAGACAUAUUCCUUCCCAUGUAAUUUUUACUUUGUGUCUACAUUGCUGUGGUAAAAUGGACAUAUGAGCGGUCUCCUCGGCUUAAGACCGCUCGGGAUGGACAGUCUCCUCGUCGCAUCGAUCAGAAGAUUUAGUCGGCAUCGUAGUCUAUCGCUUUUUCUUCACGAAUGUCAAAACUAACCAAGUGUACUCUUAACAGUGCAAUGUCGACAUUGACGCAUGAGGUACGAGGCUUUUGAUGAACAUUGCUGAAGAUUACACUAAUAAGUGGAGUGACAGUAGUGUGUGCUGAGUAGUUUCUUUAGAGCUCAUUGAGAUGUUACAUGAAGUAUUUUGCAAACACCGACCUGUAGAGAAAAGCCUAAUGUGAUAGCUAGUGUAUGUCCAUACUUUUUUGAUCCACGAAUGUUAUGUUGCCGUCAUUAGAUUGUGAACCUCAUCUGCAUGUGGCAAAGCAGGGUUAAAACAUUUUCAUAGACAGUCAAAAUAACUGGGUCGAUGUUCUGGAGAAAUGAACAGAUCAUAUUCUAGAUUUAAGUAUAACGGACAAACAUUUAAUCAUUUUUGAAAGGUAUUUAUUUCCUUAUUGAAUGUAACAUGAGCAAAUUGGAUUUAUACACUUUAUCCUGUAAAUUCAUCUUAAUAAAUAACUGCUGUAUUAGUUUUAUAGGUGCAACAAAAUAACUUUUAUUUCUAUGAUAUUUGGGGCUUAGUAGUUACAAACAAAUCAGACUUUAAGAUCUUAAUCCUCAAGUGAUGUUGGGGACAAAUUUGGGCAAAAUUAUUUUUUUUUUAUAACUUUUUUUCUUAUUCUGAUACAUCGGUACAAAACAUCAGUACUUUUCCUAAAUUUGCCAAAUAAACACCCAAAAACAUUGGACAUCAUUCAACUACUUAAUAUGCUGAUAGUGCCCAUUUUGAGGCACCCAUAGGAAAUGAAUGGGAAAUGACUUAAAUUUAGAGCAUUUUUUUAUUUGUUAAAUAACCAUCAAUAAAUCCAAAACAUUGCAGAUUAUAAAUACACAUAAAUGAAGGGGUGGGCCUAUACUGUACAACAUCCUCAAUGUGACCACCAUUCACACAAAUGUACACAUCAAAGUCCCACUGCAAGAUUUGAUACUGCUUUCAGGUAAAUCAUUGCUAAAGUUAACGUUUUAUCUCAUUCUUUAGCAGCACAAUGGCAAAGAGGUUUACUGUAGCAGAGACCCAGGAUCUCUUACUUGAAAUGUGAUGUUUUCUUAAUUUUGUUAGUGCAAAUAAGUGAUUUCUUUCUCUUAUUAUCUUUCUAUUAACACAGUCAGAUUUGCAUAUUAUGGCAUCUUUGCACAGCUGUACCCAACAAUUCUUUUUUUAAUUCAACAAUUUUAACUUGUGAUAAAAUCUAGAGAUGUUAAGUUUGGUACAACAUUGGUUAAUACUGUAGAUUUCAGCCUGUGCACUAGUGAGUCAUGAUGUCACAGAUGUCACUAAAAAACAAAAGUGGGACUUAUUUUAGGGGUUUAUACUGUGAUUUAAUUAGUGGAAUUAAGAUUUUUAUGAAAAUCUUUUAUUAAGUGCAUUUUAUGUAAAAAAUAACAUUAAAAUAUACAUUUAUAUUUUAAUGUAAUUGCUAUUUUAAUUACAGCAGAUGUCAAAAAAGUGAAGGCGUAAAAAGGCAAUCACAAAGUGCCCAAAUUUGUCCACUAACAGCAGAUUAGUGCAGUUCUUAUUAACAGCACUUGAGGGUUAAAUACGAAAUAUCCCCACACUGUAAAAUUGAUUGUUGCACUUAAAUUUUUAAGUUUAAUACAUUUUAAAUUACAAUUAAUUUCAACUUAAUAGUGAUGGGGUGGCUAUAAUUUAUAUAAAUAAAGUUUAAAUAACAUAAACUAAUUCAACUAUAUAAUUUAUAGCAACUCCUCACUAGUCAAGAAUGUUUCAGUUAAUUGUCAUUUCAAGUUAAGUAAAGUAAUUUAAACUUCAAAAUUUAAGUGCAUCAAGGAGUUUUUUUACAGUGCAUGUUUAACCUGUUUUUUAAAUGCACGACAUAAAAUGCAACACACUUGCUGAAUGCUCUAAUAUGCCAUCUUCUACACCUAUUGUUAGGUGAAACAUUUCAAAUUAGGGCUGUGCCAAUACCGAUAAUUCAUUACUACCAAUCUACCAAUACCAAUAGAUACAGAUAGUUUUGAUUUUUCAUAGUUUUGAGUUUUAAAUUCAAUUCUGUUGUUAUUGUCACCUAAUUCAAAAUAAUCACACAGUAUUUUCCAACAUUUUUUAAUCGCCACGAUAUUAUGUUUUUUUUUUUUUUUACAAUCGCAAAUGUACAAUAGUGGGGAAAAAAUGCUUUUAUCUGCCGAUACCGAUUUUAGGCCAAUAUAUUGGUGCAUCCAUAUUUUAAACCCCUUAUACCAAUAUUCUGGUUAUUUAAGGCAUUUUGAUACGGUGUGAUAAUGCAUAUUGAAACCCAUACCCAUGGAACACUUCUCAACCAAUCAGAAUAAAGCAUUUAAUAGCCCCAUGCUGUAAUAUAUUUAACUAAUGUGUUAUAUGCAUGUGCAUUUAGACCUAGACAUUCGAAGAUAAAAUAAUGUACAAUUAAUUUCUAACAAGCCGAUUUCUUUUAACAAAUUCCCAGCUGCCCCACAAGAUUUCAAGACUUGUGAUUAUUUUUAAUCUGCUCCCUCUCAUGCAAUGCUGUGCCAGUGAAGAAAUGAUUUUAAACAACUUCAAAAGGUUCUGAUUUGUAAGAUAUGAUACCUUAUUGUGUGAUGAAUGUCAUGAGCCUGUGGCUUGGUUUUCAGUGCAGUGUGACCUGUGAGCCAUGAUACUCUUUACAAACGUUCCUAAAGCAGUAGAAGUCCUGAGUCAGGAUGUGUAUGUGUUGUAGUGUUAUCUGGAUGAAUGAUUUAUGACGUGUAUUGCCAAAUAAAUAAAAAACUAGCAGAUUUGUAUAUUAGGAAAAACGAAUGCCAGGAAAGCUCUUGGUAAUAUUUGCUAACAUGGUAAAGGCUUGUUGUUGUGUAUCUAUAGGAUUGGUUCAGGACGGGCCGGUGCACUAUGUGAAUAUUUUGACAUCUUAUACACAACGUACAAAUAUGAGACUUGAAUACACCAUACCUUAAGCUCGUAGUCAUUGAUUUUUGAAGACUUGGAUGCUGUUUGUGAAUAUAAAGAAGUGCCAUGUAAAGGUUGACGGUUGGAUCAACCACAGCAUUCAGCAUUUGUCAGUUUUGUCUCAUUACAAGGCAGUGUCCUUGUUCUUGCUGUACAUGUAGCAUAGAAAAUGAACUCUGGAUAAAAGAUGUUUAGAAAACUUUGUCUUCAGCAUUGGUUGCCCUGAGAUUUCACUUCUGUUUACACUGCUAUCUGGUACUUUCUACUGCUUGAUUUUGUGUGUUUGCUGUACAGUGUUCAAAAAAUAAAAUUGAUCCAUCCA